AGGAAAUGAUGAUGUUUGUCAACUAAGCAGUCUGGAUAGAUGGAUUUAAUUGUGUGGAUAAUCCAGUUUUUUUCCCCUUUUUUAUCAGCAGUUUCUUGAGGGGGAAAAUGAUUUAAGAGAGACAGAGGAAGUGUUUUACUCUUCUGAGGAUCUCAACAGGAAAUCUCAGGAGUCACUGUCAGUGUUUUAAACAUGGCAGCAGAUCUGGCCUUAGUCAGCGUUCUCAUCCAGCUUUUUGUUGAUUUGGUGACAAGUGACAGCAUUGACUUCUACAAUAUCAUGCCUGCUGCAGAAGUGUUCAUGUCUUGUGCAGCCACUCCAUACCCCAAGAGUUUCAAGUGCUUCACUUGUGAACAGGCCUCAGACAACUACCGCUGUAACCGCUGGGCAGAAGAUGUGUGGUGUCCUCAGAAUACCCAGUACUGCAUGACAAUACACCACUUCAACCAUCAUGGAAAGACAACAUUUGUUACCAAAAGAUGUGCAGUGCAUGAAGAAUGCCAGUUAGCUGGCUGUAGACAUCACAAAAACACACAUCAUGAGUGCAUAUCCUGUUGUGAAGGGAUGGUUUGCAACGUAGAGCUGCCGACUAAUCACAGUAAUGCAGUGUUUGCCGAAAGGCAGACCCAGAGCUCAGCAGCACCCACUUUCAGGAUCUGGGAUUCUGUGAUCCUCAUGGUCCCAGUUCUCACGGGACUAUUACCGUUGUGAUCCUCAAUCAUCUGAAUCUGUUCGGUUUUGAACAGCUCUACAAAUUGUUGAGACAAAGGAGACGUCAAACACACUGCAGUAUUAUUAAUACUGUCAGAUGGAUGUAUCCAUUAAGGCCACAGUAAUAUCAUGCAGCAUUCCCAUUCAUCCCACUUGCAGGAUGUCGCAGGAUUCGCUAGAAGAAUGUGAUUUGCCGUCUUUGGGCUCACAGAUGUUUCCAUGACUGAUCAUUGACUAAUCUGCCUGGAGCCGCAGGAAAAAUUACAUCAUGUCUUGGCUGAUCGGUUAAUGAGAAGAAGAAGAUCACUCAUUAGCAUCUGUCCGGAGCUGUGAUACAAGUCAAUUUCACACUUGUCCUCUCCCUUCAAAAACAGUUGGACAUUGAUACAUAAUCUACUGUAAUAGAAUUAAAUAUUUGUGACUUAGAUGUUGCUUGCAAAUCAUUUUAUUCUUUCAGAAAACAAAAUUACUUUUGAAUGUCCUUCACUGGAGAACAAUGCAUUUUGCAGCAUAUACGAUGUAGUUAUGGAAUUCCAGCAGUGGCUAAGUAAUGUGACUGUGUUAAUCAGCAAAACCAUAACUCUUUGGUGGAUUCAGUGAAGAGACGGCUUGUCGGCCAGUGAUGGAGGAACUGUGUGCACAGGAAGUUGCAGUGUCAAGAAGGUCUUUCAAUGGAAUACUAGUGCCACUUGUGAUGACUGCUUACUAAUGACAUGCUAAAUAGGACAGAGAAACAGGCGGGUAGCAAAACUGAAUUUAGCAGCUGAAGCAUUGGAAUUAACUUAUGCUGUCUCACUGGAUUUGUAUUGAGCAAAUUGAGUCUCACACAUUGACCAUUAGAAGUCCCUAUGUGGGAUGGUCCUGUGGCUCUGGUCCCAGAUUCUGUCACACAGGCCAAGCAGAGCAAUGAGAGGACGUGGGAUGUGUUCUUGUUUUCUAAAUGGUGUGAAUGUCUCUAAUAGUGAUCUUGAUUGCUGCAUAAAUGUCACUGCUUUAAGAACGUGGACCUCCAUCACGUAAAAGAAAUUUACAAAUUAAGCAUAUUUUGAGUUAUUCUGACUUGACUAUUGCAAAUGUUGUCAUGUUUUAUUGCCCCCCCCCCCCACACACA